GCUAGAUUUGUCCACACACGAUAUUUGUUGUUGCAUUAGAUUUGUCGACCACACACGAUAUGUCGACUGAGAAGGAGGUCGUGAGUGUUCUUCAGUACCUUGACAACAAAACUAUUUUGGUGAUCGGAGCUGCCGGGUUCUUAGGAAAGAUUUUUGUGGAGAAGAUACUACGGGUUGCACCAAAGGUGAGGAAAGUGUAUCUUCUUCUAAGAGCAUCAGGGGAAAAAACUGCUACUGAAAGGUUUAACGACGAGAUUUUGGGAAAGGACCUGUUCAAGGUAGUGAAGGAAAAAUAUGGAUCAAAUCUAAAUGAUAUUUUGGAAAAGGUCACUAUUGUCAAUGGAGACAUUUGUCUUGACGAUAUGGGUCUAAAUAAGCUAGACUCUGAGUUGGAACAUGAGAUGGUCCAGCAACUUGAUGCCAUUGUUAAUUUAGCUGCAACUACCAAUUUCGAUGAAAGAUAUGAUGUAGCACUUGGGAUCAACACAUUAGGUGCUGCCAAUGCCCUAAACUUUUCCAAGAGAUGUGCUAAGGUUAAAGUUUUUGUUCAUGUCUCGACAGCUUACGUAUGUGGUGAAAAACCGGGAUUGAUCACGGAAACACCUUACCGUAUGGGUGAGACGUUAAACGGAGCCAUCGGCCUCGAUAUCAAUCAAGAGAAGAAGCUGGUUAAGGAGAAACUUAGCCAGCUUCAAGCCACCGGAGCUUCCCCCGAGACCAUCACACAAGCCAUGAAAGAUUUUGGACAUACAAGGGCAAAGGUGUACGGAUGGCCAAACACAUAUGUGUUUACCAAGGCAAUGGGGGAAAUGAUCGUUGGGGCGAACAGGGAAGAUAUGUCGCUCGUGAUAAUCCGUCCUUCGAUUGUUACAAGCACCUACAAAGAACCAUUCCCGGGUUGGACCGAGGGCAUCAGGACAAUUGAUAGUCUAGCUGUUGGAUACGGUACAGGCAAACUCACAUGCUUCCUUGGUGAUCUUAAUGCUGUUUCGGAUGUGAUACCUGCGGAUAUGGUUGUUAAUACAAUCCUAGUAUCAAUGGCUGCUCAAGCUGCUAGACAGAAAGAGACCAUUUAUCAUGUGAGUUCUUCAAUGAGAAAUCCAUUCAAAAAUGAGAAAAUGCCGGAGAUAGCGUACCGGUAUUUCACAGCCAAACCAUGGACAAACAAAGAAGGGAAGGUGGUUCGGGUCGGAAAAAUAGAGAUUUUGGGUUCUAUUCCUAGUUUCCAUAGAUACAUGACCAUGCAUUAUGUACUUCCUCUGAAGGGACUCGAGUUACUGAACAUGGUACUUUGUAAGUCGUUAGAGAAGAAGUUUAAGGAACUCCAUAGGAAGAUAAAUUAUGUAUGGAGGCUUGUUGAUCUUUAUCAGCCUUACCUAUUUUUCUAUGGAGUAUUCGACGAUACAAAUACGGAGAAACUGCAAAAACUGUUGCCAGUGACGGGAAUGGAGACCGAGAUCUUCUAUUUUGAUCCGAAGAUUAUCGAUUGGGACAACUAUUUUGUGUAUACACAUAUUCCAGGGCUGGUUAAGUAUGUCUUCAAAUGAUUUUAUUUGUACUUUGUAGUAAGUACAUUUGUCUUUUGCUGUCCCAAAGAAUUUAUGUGAGUUAUGUAGAUCGUACAAUUGUAUCAUCUAAGACAAGUAGACAACCGUACUUGUUAUGACCACGAUAUGUAAAAUGUACAACAUACAAUUUCUUAUCUAC